UAAGACCGAGGUCAACACAUGGAGGUAUAAAUACGAGUGAAGUUGUUCUUAUCAUUCACCUCCUGUGGUCUCCUGAAAAAGCCGCUAUGUUGCUGGUUGUCUCCCUGACCUUGCUUGUGGCCGUUACCCUGGCGCAACAGCCACACCCUUGCAGAAGUCCCGAACAGUUUGAGGGACGUCUUUCUACAUUCGACCCGGACAGGAGAUUUUACCGUACAGCCCGUUUCGCCUAUGACGACAGACAGAGAAGGUUCAGGGAAUUCGAGGAGGUUCAAGUGGGGCGUGACGUCGACUUCUUCGACAAACUCUACCUUUUCAACGAGGGCAAGGAGUACAGAGUCAAUCUACGUACCCGCACAUGCAAUGAGACUGGCAUCACACGUCCCUGGAUUCCAUUUGGCGUCCCCCCAGACGCUAGAUUCAGGGGAAACGCUGACAUCGGCGCUGCCGGCGUUCCUGAUGAACACGUCAUCGUCAACCUCUUCGACGGUACCAUUGACAACAACCCUUACUUCAUGACGGCGAGCGGAACUGACUGUAUCCCCAUCCAAGCAGGAUUUUUCAGCAACGACACUGGGGGUGUCCUCACAGAUUUCUUCGAUAUCUCCAUCGGUAUUUCUGACCCAGAGGCUUUCAUCCCACCCAGGGAGUGUUCCUCCUAAACAUAUUUACGACAUGUUUGUAAUUCAAUGUAUUUUGUACAAUAAAAUUGUAUUUUGAUGUAAUC